CAAUCCCCUAACUCCUGCUGAAUUCGCCACAGCGUACGAUACGCAGCGACAACACUAUAAAUGCAUACGUGAAGCGCUCCAGACGGGACUGUUCGUCCAAAGCGCACCCAGCUCGGCAACCUAGCGCGCGCAACACACAACACAAACCCCGAAAAUUAACUCGGAAAAAAAUGAAUAACGCCGAACUGUACGAGGGCAACAACAACUUGCAGAAAAGAGACGCACUCGACUGCUUAGAAGAAUUCGCAGACAAAAUGAUGUGGAAGAGAUCAGGUGAUAGAAUCAUAGACAUAGGCUGCGGCGACGGCAGUGUUACAGUGGACUUGCUGAAGGAGUUCAUCCCUGAAAACUUCGAGUUGCUCCUGGGAUGUGAUGUCAGCGAGAAAAUGGUGACGUUCGCGAAUGUACACCACAAGAACGAGCGGACAAGUUUUACCGUAUUGGAUAUCGCAGGGAGGCUUCCAGAAGAAUUGAGAUCCAACUUCAACCACGCUUUUUCGUUCUACACGUUUCAUUGGAUUAAAGACCAAGAGGCAGCUUUUAAUAACAUGUUCGACUUACUGGUGGAGGGUGGGCAGUGCCUGCUGACGCUUCUGGGCCACAACCCGGUGUUCGAUGUGUACCGCAUACUGGCCGAGAGCAACAAGUGGGGCUGCUGGCUCCACGGCGUCGAACGAUUCAUCUCUCCCUACCACGACUCGCAGUAUCCUGAGCAAGAAAUAAGAAAACUCAUGAAAAAAAUUGGCUUCACUGAUAUAGUAGUCACUUGUCAAGAAAAAUCUUUUAUCUACGACAGCCCUGAAGCAGUAAAAAAAGCUGUACAAGCCGUGAAUCCAUUCAGUAUGCCCAAAGAAGUAUUCGAUGACUUCAUGAUAGACUAUCUGAAUGUGGUACGCGAUAUGAACCUUAUUGACGAAGUUAACAACAACAAACCUGCGAGCGUGAGGUCCAUCUACAAGCUUAUCGUUGUUUUUGGUACAAAGUAGACAAGUUUCAUAAGAUCUAGUUAGUUUUAAUGUAGUGGCUAUACUGCAAUUCAAUGUUUUCUGGCAAGUAGGAAUUUUGUGGUAUAGAAUUUAUUCGAUCUCAUUUUUUAAAGGAGGUCAUAAAAGUUGGCUUAGCGCCUUGAAGGUUCAUAUGAGCUGCGCCUGCACCAACUUUUUUCAAAUCUGGAUCAGGGAUAUUAUGGAGCUCCCUACGAGUAACCUAUAGAAUAUCCGGAAAAAAAAUCCGUAUCCGAAUCCAUAACUGAAUCUUAUAAUAAAAAGGUAUUGCGAAUAAUUUCUGAUACGAUCCGAGUCUACAUAAGAAACAUGAGAAGAAAAUCUUGUCAUGUUUCAUAUUGGUUUGUGGACCUUGGACAGGGAGCUUUUCAUUUCAAGAUACUUUAUAAAUUAGUUACAAUCAGAUAUUCUGGAAAUUCUUUUAUAUCCUUAAGCGUAUCAGAAUCAGAAUAAUAUUCUUCAUAUAUUCAAAUCCGGUUUCAUAUCCAUAAUCAACAUUCCACUUAUAUAAACGCAUUGGAAGCUAGAGUGAUAGGACUAUGUACUGAAUGAAGUAAAAGAAACAUAUUUAUUUCUACAUAUCAAUUAUUUUAUAGUAAUAUAAUAUUUUUAAUUAUUUUAAUUUACAUAUUGUAUUAAAAUAUAGAAGGUAGAGCUUGGUUAAAGUCUGUGGUUAAUAUUUAAGAUAAUUUAUUUUAUGAAUCAAGAAUGUUAUUUAUAUUGAAGUUUUAAGAUAAGCAAAUAGAAUUUUGAGCCACACUAUGAAAUGACAAUUAAUUCGAAAAAUUAUUUGUGCAUACUAUUAUUCCGUGGCAAGAAAUGAAUUGACAAAAAAAAUAUCACGUCUAAAAUUAAUUUUAUUGUAUGAUAAUCAUGAACUGUAUGAGUGGCCAAAUUCUGACCGCCGAAGGUUUUCAAAUGCUUUUUG